GAAGUCAGCUGUCGUCUCUCGCCCCCGUCAAGCAUGGCGGAGGUCAGGUUGCGUUAUGGAAGGGGAGCCUGCAACUUUGCACACAAAAACUGUAGUCGAUACCUACUUGAAAGUCAGUUUAAUCAAGUUAACAGUUCAAAACAGGCUUCAGCUCUCUCCACGGGGUUUAAUGUCGCUGAUAUUCAAAGUGGAGAACUACACGGAGCGGACACUGGUGGAGUUUCUCGGGACAGUUACACAAGGGUAACACCGGUGUGCAGUAGUGUGGGCAGUGUUUGGGAGGUCGUCGCAGAAGACAACUAUUAUCUCAACAAAGAGUAUUGUCUUGAUGAAAAGCCCCAGGUUCAGCAUAAAGAGAGAAGUCUGCCUCUGUGCAGGAUUAACGCCACAUGUCGGAGGACUGUCUGGUCCGCUGGGCGACAGCAGAGUCUCGGGUUGUUUUGGGGGCAGAGACAGUCUGUGUUUGUCAGAGCUUACAGCGACAAUGGCAAGCGAUCAGAGCCCCUCUACAAAACCAAAACAGGCUACUAUGAGAUCCUGCAGGUGUCCCCCACUGCCACUCAAACCCAGGUAAAGACGGCCUACUACAAGCAGUCCUUCGUCUAUCACCCGGACAGAAACGCCGCCAGCAAGGAGGCCACCGUCCGCUUCUCCGAGAUCAGCGAGGCCUACACCGUGCUGGGCAACAAGGCACUGAGGAAGAAGUACGACCGGGGUCUGCUGAGCCAGUCAGACCUCAUCGCCACAGCCAGACCCUCCUCCAAGGACACCGGGAGCUCCACCAGAGACCAAGCCGGGAGCCGACGGUCCGUGGCCGGCGUGGAUACCCGAGGAGGCGUCUUUGACUUCGACCAGUUCUUCAGGGCUCACUACGGCGAGCAGCUCCAGAGAGACCGAGACAUCAGAGUCCGACGAGAAGAGAUGCUGAGGAAGAAGCAGGAGACGAUUGCGGAGAAGAAGAUGGGCAGGAUGAUGGAGAUUGGAGUUGCGGUGCUGAUAGCGAUGGCCUUGGGGAUAGUGAGCACUUUAAAGCGUUGAUGAAGGAUGUUGUCCUUUGUUAGGAAUUCUGGACUCACUUGAAUCAUCAUCACCAUUAACACUACAAACAAACUAAACAACAACACACCCUCUGUUUUUGACACUGUCUGCAAACCUCGCUUUGCUGGGAGACAGAUUGAAAUAAUGGAAUAUUGUGCAGUGUGGAUGACUUGACAUCAUCCUUUGGGUCAACGGACACGUUGCAAUUAAAAUAGGAUCACUCUGUGAGUUCUCUGAAAAGCUGCAAAUCAAAGACUAAACUGUAAAGUGCAUUUAUUUCAGUCUCUUAGUCUGUAAACCUGCAUCUCAUCACAGUAAUGUAUACUUUCAAUCUGUCUGUGAACACUGUAUGUGACUGUUUUUUGUCACAUACAGUCAAUGCCACUCCCGGCUGUAAGGAUAACUAGUCCUGGCAUUGUUCAGUUAGCCAUACAAAUCAGAAUAAAAUAAUUAUUUUAAUCAGUAAUUAUCUGAUUAAAUAAUAAGUAAAAAUAUGAUCAACUUUGGCUUUUAUAAAGUCAUCUGUCUUGCAGAUUUCUUUAUUUUUAAUGAUGACAUACAUUGAUUAUGGUUUCAUGUAUUGGUAUUUAUUAAACAUUUUUAGCAAUGUAAGGGAUGUGUAUCUAUGCACAUUAUGCCUUGGGUGAUAUUUAUUGUUCACAUUGUUCAGAUGUUCAACUAAUAAAAUACAUGGCCAGUGCUUGGCAGAGCACAGUGAAACAAACAUUGCUGGAGUCUUUUGUUAGCACCAUUGACAGUCAACAUCACACCAACACUGAUUAGCUAUAAACCUAAUUUAAAGGACAUUUCUGACACUAGCUGGUGAAAUAUCUUAUCAAACAUAACCAAUGGCAUUCGGAUUCAAUAGUCAAUGGUUUGUAAAAUAGUUUUUGAAUAUAUAAUGAACACAAACAUUUAGUGCAUUUUGAAAUUCACAGUUCACAUCACAGUUAAAAGUCAACAAGUCAUAUCAGUGCACAUUAGUAACCAACUCUGGUCAAACAAAACCUACAGUGCAUUACAUUAACACAGUAAACGUAUUAAAUAUAUUAUAAUUAAAAGUGCUUGCAUAACAAAAAAUGAACACUACAAUCCAUGAAAACAAAUCCUAUCUACACAGCUUAUUAAAUUACCUUUUUUUUUUUACAUGGUAGUUCACAGGUCAUAAAAGUUAAGUUAAUUAUUAAAAGGCCAAUCUAGUCUUUAAAUUCCAUUCAUUAAGUGGGACUGGGAUCGGUUGUUGAGGCUUUCCAUUACACCAAACUAGACAUGGCAAAUGCGUUAUGAUUAUAAACUAUAGAUAGAUGAAUUUGCAUUGUAUUGAUUUUUAAAAAUACUGUAUAGAUCCUGGCAGUGUGGAAAUAUUGAUGUCGUACAAGUCCCAAUGAUUCUUAGGAACGCCUUAUCCCAUUUUUAGCAAACUAAUACAAGCAGAUUGUUAACUUUAAACACUGAAUUUGUAGAAAUGUUAUUU